UCGUAUAAAGCAACAAGAACUGGUAAGUUACUUCUCUGCUUAGCUGUUCUUGUCUAGCUGGGUUUUUGGGGGUUCAGCUUCUUUCUUUCUUUUCAUUACUUUGCUGGGGGAAAAGGUUUGAAUUUGGUGUUACAGAUAAGAUUAUUUAAGAUUCUGAGUUUCUUUUAGUGGGGUUUUGGCCAAGGGGAUCUCUAUAUAUCAUUACACAUUCCGUGUGAUUCUUUUGGGCCUUUAGGUUUUAAUUUCUGGAAGAUUAAUGUGAGCUACUGAGUGUGAAGAAAGGAGGCAGCUUUUAAGUGUUUGUUCAAAUGUCCGAGUGAAAUUGAUCUGGGUAUUAAGGGAUAGAUCUAAAGUCUCUUUCUUUCUGAGAAAAUUAGCAGUUUUUUUUUUUUGGUUUGGUUGUUGUACGUUAGGAUUUUUGGAGGCUUAGCUAUUGUAGUUUAUUUGUUGAGUUCUGUUUUGAGAGAAAGUUAUGGCUUGCAUGAAGCUGGGAUCCAAAUCUGAUGCUUUCCAGAGACAAGGCCAGGCUUGGUUUUGCACAACUGGACUUCCAAGUGACAUUGUCGUUGAAGUUGGAGAGAUGUCUUUCCAUCUCCACAAGUUUCCUUUGCUCUCUAGAAGUGGAGUCAUGGAAAGAAACAUCGCAGAGGCAUCACAACAAGGGGAUGAUGAUGAUGACAAAUGUCUCAUUCAAAUCUCUGAUCUUCCCGGAGGAGACAAAACAUUCGAGCUUAUCGCCAAGUUCUGCUACGGUGUAAAACUCGAACUCACCGCCUCCAACGUCGUACACCUCAGAUGCGCAGCUGAGCAUCUCGAAAUGACUGAGGACCACGCCGAAGGAAACCUAAUCUCCCAAACCGAAUCUUUCCUCAACCAAGUCGUCCUCAAAAGCUGGAAAGACUCAAUAAAAGCCCUCCAAACCUGCAGCGAGGUCUCCCACUACGCAGAGGAGUUGAACAUCACCAAGAAAUGCAUCGAGUCGCUAGCCGCGAGAGCAUCAACAACAGACCCGAACCUUCUCGGAUGGCCGGUCGUGGACCCCAUGCAUAGUCCAGGUGGCAGCGUGCUAUGGAACGGGAUAAGCACGGGGGCUAGACUCAAACACACUAGCUCAGAUUGGUGGUACGAGGACGCCUCCACGCUUAGCUUUCCUCUUUUUAAAAGACUCAUCACAGUCAUGGACUCCAGAGGAGGCGCAAGAGAAGACAUCAUAGCCGGUUCGUUAACUUACUACACAAGAAAACACUUACCCGGCUUAAAACGACGCCGUGGAGGACCUGAAGCUAGUGGUCGUUUCAGCAGCUCAGGGAAUGUACUCUCCGAAGAAGAGCAAAAGCACUUGCUCGAAGAGAUCCAAGACCUUCUCAGCAUGCAAAAAGGUUUAGUCCCGACCAAGUUCUUCGUCGACAUGCUCCGAGUCGCCAAGAUUCUGAAGGCUAGUCCCACUUGCAUAGCCAACUUGGAGAAGAGGAUAGGGAUGCAGCUCGACCAAGCGGCGUUGGAGGAUCUUGUGAUGCCUAGCUUUACUCACACGAUGGAGACUCUAUACGAUGUUGACUCUGUGCAGAGGAUCUUGGACCAUUUUCUUGGUACUGAUCAGGUCAUGACUGUUGGUGGUGGUGUUGGCUCUCCUUGCUCUUCGGUGGAUGAUGGGAACUUGAUGGGCUCACCGCAGAGGAUAACGCCGAUGACGGCGGUUGCGAAGCUGGUGGAUGGGUAUCUUGCUGAAGUGGCUCCUGAUGUGAAUCUCAAGCUUCCGAAGUUUCAAGCUCUGGCUGGUUCUGUUCCUGAGUGUGCUAGGCUCUUGGAUGAUGGACUAUAUCGCGCAAUAGACAUUUACUUAAAGCAUCAUCCAUGGUUAGCAGAAGCAGAAAGAGAGAAUCUUUGCAGGUUGUUAGACUGCCAGAAGCUCUCUUUAGAAGCUUGCACACACGCGGCGCAGAACGAGAGAUUACCUCUAAGAGUAAUAGUCCAAGUCCUCUUCUUUGAGCAGCUUCAGCUUAGAACCUCUGUAGCUGGAUGCUUCCUGGUUUCAGACAACCUCGAUGGCGGGUCAAGACAGUUAAGAAGCGGCGGGUUUGCAGGAGGAUCAACAGAAGGAGGAGGAUGGGCAAGUGCAGUAAGAGAGAAUCAAGUCUUGAAAGUUGGGAUGGACAGUAUGAGGAUGAGGGUUUGCGAGUUGGAGAAAGAGUGUUCGAAUAUGAGACAGGAGAUUGAGAAACUAGGUAAGACGAGUAAGGUUGGUGGUGGUGGCAAAACGUGGGAGAAUGUUUCUAAGAAACUUGGGUUUGGUAUAAAGCUGAAGUCGCAUCAAAUGUGCAGUGCUCAAGAAGGGUCUGUGUCGAAGUCUAACAGUGAGAAUGUGAAGAUAGAGAAGCUUAAGGAUGUGAAAGAACGUCGCGGAAAGCAUAAGAAGGCUUCGAGUAUUAGUUCUGAAAGGUGAACAAUGGAAAGUUUUCCCACGGUUUAGCUUUUAAGGAAGAAGAAAGAGCUUACAUUGUUAUUUUCGAUUGACGACCGAACUAUUUUAUUGUCAUUAUUGGAACUUGUUAAGGAAAUUAACAACAAAAAAACAAGAGCAAUCUGUAAUUGCUUUGACGAUAAUAAGAGUUACAAAACAAGAACAAUCA